AAAUGAACGGUACGUCUUAUCAAAUCUACCCUGAAACAAUGGACUCACUGGAACAAGAAGAUAACGUUGUAAAAUGAAAGCAAGCAAGUUCCACGGCGUCUGCUUUUUAUUACUUUCUGCUGCCGAACUUUGCUACUUACGCUUUUUUUCUUAUUAACUUCAUGAACUGACUCAGCAAAAAAUUCAAUGAAAUGUUCAUUGAAAGUGAUAAGCCGGACGUAGCGCAAUUCAGUCGUCGCAAUUCGAGGAUGAGGUACAGUGUAUCAGCAGCAAAAUGAUUCAUGAUAUGGUUUUGCAAAUCGUCGUCUUUCUGGGCGUAUAUUUAACUGCCAGUCGGGGCCAGAACACAGCUUACCAACCUUUAGAGUCAACAGAGGAGUUCACCAUUGAUGAAAUACAAGAAAGCAUCCACGAUCUACCAUCUCUUUUGGUUAUACGCAUGGGGUUCAAGGGGUCAGUUAGCUUUCGAGAAAGCGAAGACUUCAAGGUGAUCGUCAAAGCUCGGACUAAUUCUAGUCGAGAGCUUAAACAAGUUGUGAAAUAUAGUUUCGCAAGAAUUAGCACCAACGAAACGCCAGAAAGUAUUGCUCUCCUGCAAGUGUGUGAUGACACCCAAUCUGCUCAUUUGAAUGAUGUGACGUCAGAAAUAGGCGUGGUCGUGGGCGUGUCCACGGGAGUGGUCCUGGUGGCAUUGAUACUGUUCUCAGUGUGGUGGCACAGGUAUAAGGCUGAUCAGGGGGAGGACAUCGACUCUGCAUACGAAAUGGAAUUUAUUGAGCCAGAAUACAACAAAACGGAGACUUUCGGAGUGGAGCUUAAGAAAACUCAUUCACCAUACUUGCUUAGAAAAGCUCUUCAGCCCAGCGAUUCUGUGGAUUCAGAUUUAUCCUCUACCACAAGCGACACAGACGCAGGGGCAGACACCCAAAAAAGGCGGAAGAAACACGAAACAAAGGCUAAGGCUGACAUAUUGGAUUCUGCAUCGAAUACUUCUCCAAUAAGUGUCAGAUCAGCGCGCCUGAUUUUUGAUAAACCGAACAGAAGUUAUAACCACAACGCCAGGGGCCUCGCGUUGCCGUCCACAGAGUACACAUUACAGGUGAAAGCAGAAGUUUAUACUCCAACCGCGAGGCGGGAACCCAAGGCUCCCUCCCCCUUGGCACUUCACAAGACACACCGACUAAAAACGUCCAAAUCUCCCAGCGAAGAAAAAGAGGAAGAAAAUGAUAAUCUCUGCACUUUGGAUAAAAAUAAUGGAAUCAAAAAUGCAUUGAUAAGCAGAUCAAAGGAUAAAAUGCUGGGACUUGACAAUCCUGCUAUAAUUAUACAUGAGGUUAAUGGCGAAGCAGACAUUGUGAAUGGCAUCUCUAAGCCUCAAAACACCAACACCGCUCCUGUAGAUACGCUGGAAAAGAACCCUGGCAUACUGCUCCAUCACUGGAGACAAAAAGAAGAAAUAGAACCAACAUCGCCUGCCGUCUCAGAAAGAGUAGCUAUUUUCCACAAAGGAGCCGAUGUAAAGCAAAAAGGGGGAAUGAUAGAUGCUACUGUGGCGGAAGCAAAAACUCAACGAAGAGGAGGAGGUGGAAAAAAGUUUCAUCCUGCCGCAUUAACAACGUUGACAGUCCUUGGUAUGAUUUUUGCUGAAUCCUUCUCUCAGGUGUAUUUCGACGUUCUGGUGGACGUUAUUAUACAUGUACCAAAAAAUUCAACACUUGGAGCUGCUCACGUCUUUCAGCAACCUGGAAAACCCGUUGAUGUCAAUGCUUCUUGGCUUCCCAAAAUGGAAAUCCAAACUUUUGAGGUUAAUAAUCUACACAUGAUCGUCAUUACGGAUCCGCCGUGCCAAGGACUGCAAUGUGACCAUGGUUGCGACUAUGCCACCAACAAAUGCGUGUGUCGUGUUGGUUUUCAGUCUUUCAACGACACAAGCUGCCAAGACAAAGAUGAGUGUUCCAUUGAACAUGUUCCACGGGUUUGUCACAAAAAUGCCAUAUGUACCAAUACAUUUGGUUCUUAUUCAUGCGCGUGCGCAGACGGGUUCUAUGGUGACGGCAGUGAGUGCAAGAAUUGCAGUGAACCUUGUCUGCCAGGGGAAUUUGAAUACAGCCCUUGUAAUGACACUUCACCAAAGAUUUGUAAAGCGUGUACCACAGUUUGUCCGACGGAGUAUUACCUUUCUACUAACUGCACAGCGACGACGGAUGCCCGUUGUUCUGCCUGCAAACCGAAGUGUGGCAGAGAGGAAUACGAGUCGACUGCAUGCGGCGGGACAACAGACCGCGUUUGUAGAGGUUUAAGUGACAUCAGACAGCCACUGGUCACUUCUAAGAACGUCCUGUUGUACGAAGAUCGCAGAAACGUGGACACUAAGAGUACGGGGAUAUUGGGCGCUACAAACGCCUCUAAUCUUAUUGGCACAGAAUAUACCCUAAAUCGAGGUUCAGGUUUAAGUGUUCGUGUUAGGAUCCUGGCUCUGAACGUGUCUCCUGUGUAUACUUCUGUUGACCAUUCCUCUGGCAACGACAACGCCAACAGAGGAACCACAAGUGAAUAUAAAAAUCGAUGCCAAUACCCAAUGCCAUCAGCGUAUAUGUUGAGAGUCUCUAGUUUUCCGGAAGUCACGACUCUCACAAGUUAUCAAAAUUGUUCUCAGCAAAUAAUGUCAAAUAAGGUCGCAAACUGCAAAGAUGGAUUUUACCGCACAGCAGAUACUCCAUGUAGGACACAAGAUGGCCGUGUUAUAGGAACAUCGCCCCUUCCGUUCGUGACCCAGGGACUGGCGUGUGCCACCCCAGGAAUGCUGACGAGACUGUUUAAUAAGGACACGGAGUUAAAGGAAUUCCAAGCUGUCAGAGUUGAUUUUGACAAAAGAUGUAAAAGUCUGAACGACCACUGUGGUCUGUGCACUGAGCAAUGCGCUCACAGCUUCAGCACCGAAAUCAACCCUAGGUGUAGGAUCACGAAGGAUGACGAGAACGGAUUUAGUCCGCGUUUGAGAGACUGCCUUAAGUGCUGCGUUAUACAGAAGUGUUCUGAAUGCAAAACGCAUGCCGAUGAAUGCGCUCCAAAGCGCAUAAGAUGUAGAAAGGGCACGGUUGUGGUAUUCUCUUUGGACCCACUAUUCUCUGAUGACGUCUACUGUCACGUGAAAUCACAGCAGAAUGGCGUAAUAUAUCGUCUGCAGUACGAAGUCCUCAAAAAUGGCAGGCGGCUGCAGCAUGGUACUCAAAUGACGGCAGAAUAUUAUUUCAAGAAGAAAGACUUUGAACACGCAACGGGAAUAGUGAGGCAUGAGUUUUUAGACGUUUACUAUGGAAGUGGGAUCAAGACCCAAGUGACUUUAUUAAAAACCAAUAUCAGAUCAGGAAAGCCAAGGUAUCAGGCCGGAAGAUACAGGGAUUUUGGUAGUAGGGUCCUUGAUUGGACGUCUGGCAUACACGUUGUUCCAAAAGUACCGUUUGGAAUAAACAGUCAAACUUGGGCACAAGAAUCCUGUGAUCUUGACUUGGAGAGCUCGGUAAAUGCGGCGAAGAAAUGCGACCGUUUUUGGGAGGAGACACCGGGUAUACUCGUCCAGUCGGACGACCCGCACCGCCAUUUUAUUUUGAGGAACAAAACCAACCCUCCCUACUUCGGCAUUAAAGUUUCAAGGACCAGGUCUGUUUUGCGUUCUUUCUUUAAGGCAACAUCUAUCAGGAAUGAUCACUCGCUGGUGGCAAGAUUGCUCCGUAACAGCACCUUCUGGGUCGUGAACAUUUCUGGAAUGAUUGAACCAUGCCCAGGGGUAAUAACAGUACUUGUAAAAGAUCCAGUUAUUGGGAACAUGGUCCUCUUCCACUACGACCUGGUUGUUGGCUGCACCUCAGGCGGCGGGUCACACACAACGGGCACCAAUCAUGCAAACCGCAGCGCUUUCCUCGUCCAGCUACAUCUCCGCGCGGAUGGACCAGAUAUUCACCAAAGGACUUUGAACCUCGAAUUGAGAGAUAGUUUUAGACGUAUUAAUGUCACACUUUUUCGACCUGCUCCGAGAGACGCAUACAAUUUUGGCCGCCCACAAAAAGUGGACAAAUUUACAAGCGACAUGUUUCAACCGUUCAUACCAUUGAUAGCAAGCUCCGUCGGGAUGUUAGUGUUACUUGUUAUGAUUUUAAUCUACGGCUACGUUACUCGCCCAGACCAAGACCACCAAGAUAGAGACAAUUUUUUCCACGUGCGUCACCUACUUUUCGUUAUUUGGUACGUGGUGUUUCGAUUUGCUUACUCUUUGGUGAUUUCUUUGACCGUGUUUGUUCUUCUGAUGAGGGCCAUACACGGCGACACCCUGGGUAUCCUAGAGCAGUUUCCCCAGUAUAACAAAAUGGUUGCUGUUCAGGAGGAUCAAGAGCUUACAAAAAUCCGGUCACACAUGGACAAAGAGUUACUGAGGCAAAAAGAAUUGGCUAAUGACGCAAAGAACCAGUGCGAAGAGCGCAUGCGUGAAAUACAAAAUCUCCUGCACGAAGCAAGGAAGAAUUUGACGAGAUAUUUUCAAACAGAGAAAGGCGAAAAAAAUAUUGGUCAGCUUGCGCUGGGUCAGGCUAAGAACGCCACUAACGCUUACAGCCGGAAAUUAAAGGCAUUUAAGGACGAGAUUGAGGCGUUCGCUGAGAUGUCUGCGCAGGACAUCGAAAUUGGAAUCAAACAGGCUUACAGAGAAUUGGAGAAUAACUUCUGGAUGAAAGGAGCAAAAGUAAUUUACGAUAUUGUGUCCACUUUUGGAAGUCCAGGCCCGUUCAUGCAGUGGUCAGGGCUCGAGUUUCCGCAAGGACUUACCGAUCUGUACCCUAACAUAACCCUUGACGGUUUUCCGUUUCCAAAUAAAAGCACCUUUGAUCAUCUUAACAUCAGUCAUCCGGAAUGGGAAGAGUAUCCGCAGAACCUCACCAACAUCACUUUACCGAAAUCGAAAUUAUUUGGUGAUCUGACACACAACGACGUUUACAACAAGUCUUUUGUCAACGCCACUUACAAACCAAAUAUAACCUUUAAGAUAUUCUUCAGCGGGUGGCUGAAUAUAGAAACGCUGAUGGUGGUGGUGGCAGCUAUUGAUGCAGUAUGGUUUAUAUACCGCCAUACUAGAACGUACCAAACAGUGGUACAGCUACUUCACGGGUUUCCACAUCUAAUCCGGAUUGAGCAGACUAAAAAUGAAGAUAAGUUAGAAGAAAAAAGCAAAUGGCAAAAGUGUUGUAAGGCGACAAAGACAGCGACCAGGACUUCUCUUGAUCUGUUGCUUAGCUUAUCAUGGCGGUUCUUCCUGUUUUUAAAAGAAGUCAAUUACAAGAUUAUGAACACAGAUCUGAUACCAAGGCUGCUUCUUGUGGCUCUACUCUGCGGCACUGUGUACACCAUCAUUAUUGUUGCGGACGCCAUGGUGAAUGUACAGACGCUGUGGGCUGUGGGAUUCUUUGACGUCAAAGUGGGCCCAAUACUGAUGGCAAGAAAAAUCGCCAACACGCGGAUUCGCGCUAACGCAUUUAGGAUCAACAACUUUGAGUUCCCUUUUACCGAGCAAUUGGUCAACAUGAGAAUAGAACAGUAUCAAAUAAUGCUGCAGAUGUACAAUAGAUUAACAUGUGAGGGAAUGCUCUUUCACGCAACGGAAUACUGUGCGUGGUGGAACAUAACGUACCCUGGCCGCCCCUGUCAGCCACCCGUGACCAAGACGAUGGACUUCGAGUUCAAUGGCUGCGAAAACCCCACCAUAGACCCAGUCAUUUAUACACGAUUUGAUAGCCUGCAAUACAAGCUGGAAUUGAUGCGUUCGAUGGACCCUUUUGCCAGGGCAGCAAGAAAAAUGAUACUUGAUUCGUUUAUUAUUGUGGCCAUAGCUGUUGUGAUAGCCAUCCUGUUUGCAGUCCUAGGUGCUGCUGUUUAUAUGAUGUUAAAGAGGUUCGAUCUGGUCCGUCUGCUGAAGGUGUACGAGGUCACGGAGGACCCUGCCCUGCGACCAGAGAAUCUGCCAGCAGUUCUGAGAGACCAGGAGGGAGACAGGAUCAAGGCGGUCACUAUAGAUCCCAAGAUUGAGGAAGCGGGCGGGGGGCGGACACACACGGCGCCAUCAACGUUCCAGUUGAACCAGAGAACACGCGUUAACUGAAGUCUGGUGCGUGAGGCGAGAACUAUGUCAGCUCCAGCUUAUAAUACUGUGUACCAAAGACUUAGUGCCUAUUAAAUAUGACGAUCAUUAACUGAAUGUCUUAUAAUAUACAAUAUGCCCGGUAUUUAUAAUACUGUUUCAGUUAAUACGUGUUAAAGUCCAGGGUAGCAAGGUAUUGCACACAACGUGCAGAGAAUUAGUGUCUUUGACAUUCGGUGUACCCAUGAAGUAAUAAGGGAUUUAGCUAUUUUUUGAAAAUAUGGUAUUAUUAUCACGUAAUCAAUGUACCAAGGCGGAAUUCUAUUGCACCACACUGGGAAGCUGAUUUGCGAAAUUGUUAUCAGACAAAAGUAAUAUAUUCCAUAUAAUCUCGUCAAAUGAUUUAUGGAUGGAACAAUCAUAAAUUGUGUGAUUUAUAAGAAUAAUGAUCGAUCGACACAUCAAGUUAUUAUAGCAGUGAGAGUAAUAUGAAAAUUAACUAAAUAUUAGAUAGGUUCCUGUCGCUUUGUUAAAUACAUUAUCUGACUUCGAGUUUAGGAACACCUAAUCAGA